AUGUCGGUACCUGAAGUCGCCGUGUUACUGACUGAAGUGAACCGAAAAAACCUAUACGCCCCGCCAAUGCCAACCACAACCAAGUGGUACAUGAAGGGCGAGAAAAAGGGAAGAACAAUUUCAACAACCGGUGAUGUCGAACACCGCCUAAAG